UGCACUUUAUACUUUAUUUGACUUCUAUCAAGUUUACUCUUUAUUAUGAUGAACAUUAGUUAACCAUGGAAUAUGUGCCUUAGGUUGAAAGAUACUUUUUGGUUGACCAUUUAAUAUUAAUAGAAUAAUGAUGAAAAGAAGAAUAUUUAUAAUGGAACGAGAAGAUUUGAAAAAAGUGACAGGAUAAUUUAAUAUAGCUUUUGAUAAACGUAAAAUAAAUAGUUCUAUUUUUUGUAGAAUUGUAUUAAUUGAUUUAAUAUGCCCGAGAGAAUUAUCCAACAUAUGAUAUUUAGUAUUCAUCUAAUCAUGACAAAAAUACAAACAAAGAAAAUAACUUUUAUCAAUAAUAUUACCUUAUGUUUAUGUAUUGCUUCAAAUACAAAAAUCUAAAAGAUACAUGAUAAUCAAACAAAAAAAAACAGUAUAAUAGGAGAUAUAAUUUCGUUGAGAAAGAAGAAUUAUUAUUUAUUUAUUACAAACGAAUUUUUUGAAUUCAUAGAAGAGAGAAAAAAUGAUCAAAUUCAACGUCAUCAAAGAAGACGAUGCAAUAAAUAAAUAACAAAACUAGAAAAAAAAGUAAGAAGUUGGGAAUUUCGAUGUAUUAUCGUGCAUGGUAAAGAAAGACGUAGCUGACCAAUGUAAUCUUUAUAUGAAAAAUGAAGAAAACAAAAGAAGAGAAAAAGAUAUACACAUACGAAUACAAACGUUCCUUUGAUUACUCUCUAGCACAUGAUCUUUAGCACGUGUUAUAUAUGAAAGUACACUUAUUCGUGCGAAAUAACAUUCAUUCUAAAUGUUCUCUGUAACUUAUAUUCACUUUUGAUUUAUUCAAUAAAAUUUGGAACAAUUUUAACUUUUAGUACAUGAUGUGAUGAUACAAUGUGUUUGUCUGAUUCUAGAAAUAUGAAGUGCACUUUUUUUUUACUUGAUUCUCUGAAAGCUUCUUUUAGCCACUUUUCAUAUCUUUCAGUAGACUAUUUCGAUAUUUUUUCUAUCUAUUCUAUAAUACAACUACAUUAUUCUAAUUUCUUUCGUGCUACAUAAGGGUGUGGGUGUGACUUGCAAUAGAGGUGACAGAUAAAUAAGUUGCUUAUACCGUCAACGUAGUCCACAGUAUUUUGUUGAAGAUCUUGCUGAACAUAUACUGUAUAUUUGAAUAUAAAUAUAUUUUUGAAAAAAAAACAAAAAUUCAUUUAUUUUUAAGGAAUAUCGGGAAUUACAAUCAGUUGAAGUAUCAAAUGAUUCUAGUGUAGGUGAUUGUGAGAAUGAAUUAUCUGAAUAUGAUUCUCGUAUUGAAACAUUAAAAGAACAAAAAUCUAAAAAAAAUGGACGACGAGCAAUACAUGGAUUACGAAAAAUUCAACAACAUGUAGAAGCAGUUACUAAACAAUCACAUAUAUUUUGUCAUAUUGUUAAUAAACAAGAAAAACUUAUUCAUAUUACAUCAUAUGAAGAUGAAGUUCAUAAAGAUACGCGAUCAUUACCAGGUGGUGAACGUUCAUUUUCAACUGUUUAUUUUAUGCUUGCUCUUUGGAAAGUUGUCUUGAUGAAUUUGACGUUUUUAUGUGGUAAAGGUGAAGGUGUUUAUACUUUUAAAAAAGUCGAUCCAUUAAGAAACCCAACACAAUCGGCUUAUCCAGGGUAG